UUUAGAUGCAUAGUGCGCGCGCCACGGAGCCAUGGGAACUCACUGGGUCAAUUAGCUGCGUCUCAUAGCCACAAGAACAGAAGACAGACCGACAGACCGGGGGCUCGCGGAGGCCCUGGAUGAGGCGGGAAAACGGAACAGCGCACGACAAGAGUGCAGCCUUCAGGACCCCGGAGAGAGGAGACUGACCGCCUUGCGCCAGGAUGCAGGGUCUGAGCUCGCGAGCCCACGCUUUCUCGGUGGAAGCACUCGUCGGUAAAACGAUCAAGAGGAUGAAGGAGGAGAACGGGAAGGACUCGAGCUCACCGGGAGACACAGAGACGGAGACAAGCCCCGUUCGGCAGGAGACAGAGGAACAAGAUUACCCAAAGGACCAGAGAAGGAAGGCUGGUAACACACCGAGAAGGCCGGGAGAGAGCGACUCUGAACCGGGGAGAGAAGAAAGGAGAAGACCGGGAGAGAGUGACUCUAACCCGGGUAGAGAGGAGAGAGAGGUCCGGGUGGAGCUCCAGGGGUCGGAUCUGUGGACCAGGUUUCAUGAGAUUGGGACAGAGAUGAUCAUUACCAAAGCGGGCAGGAGGAUGUUCCCGUCCUUGCGCGUGAAGGUGCGUAACCUGGACCCGUGCCAGCAGUACUACAUCGCCAUGGACGUCAUGCCCGUCGACUCCAAACGAUACAGGUAUGUGUACCACAGCUCCCAGUGGAUGGUGGCGGGAAACACAGACCACUCAUGCAUCGCGCCUCGCCUUUACAUGCACCCCGACUCCCCGUGCGUGGGCGAGACUUGGAUGCGUCAGGUGAUCAGCUUCGACCGGGUCAAACUGACUAACAACGAGAUGGAGGACAAGGGACACAUCAUUCUACAGUCGAUGCAUAAGUACAAGCCUCGCGUCCACGUGAUCCGCCACGACCCCCGGCUGGACCUAUCAAAGAUCCCUUCGCUGCCAACUGAGGGUAUGGCCAGCUUCUCAUUCCCAGAGACAGAGUUCACCACCGUGACAGCCUAUCAGAACCAACAGAUCACCAAGCUGAAGAUUGACAGGAACCCGUUCGCUAAGGGCUUCAGAGAUCCAGGCCGGAACAGGGGUGUGUUGGAUGGGCUGCUGGAGUCCUAUCCCUGGAGAAAUCCCCUCAGUCUGGAGUUGAAACCUUUUACUCUACAGCUGCAAGGAGGGAGCUGUGGGUCUCCAGGCAACUGCACUUCUCCUCUGAAGAGCCUUGUCCCUCUCUCCUGUCCUCCAUCCUCUCACCCCUUCACCCUCUCCUCCUUCUCCUGCCCCGACACCAGCCUGCACUCCUUCAGUAUUCCCCUCUGCUGCAAGACCUCCCCCUUCUCCCCCUUCUCCCCCAUCUCCCCCUUGCCGGCCAGACCCUACCCCUCCCCCCGGCGUUACUCCCCCCUGCCUCUCGUCCUCUCGGCCCUGCAGGGGAAGAAGGCUUCAGGCUGCAGUGCUCUGUGUCUUCAGGGGGGCGUUCCCGGACAUCCUCCCAGCCUGCAGCCACACCCCCUACAGGCCCCUCCCUCUCCCCUGUACUGUCUGCACCGCUCCAGUCUACCCAUCAACGCUCCCCUCGCUGCUCUCUCACGCCACGCCAAACUGGCUGACAGCACCACGGACUGUCUGCUACACCAAGCUCCCUGGCACACCACCAUCAACCACUGCCUCUGACCUCUGACCUUUAACCCCUAACCCCUGACCCCUGACCCCUGACCCCUGACCCCUGACCCCUGACCCCUUGACCCUACAUUUCCCUUACCCAAACCUAGCCUCAACACGUAGCCCUUAUCCUGGAAACCACAGCACUGUCUCCUGCGCCAGAGAGAUGGGAGAAUUAGAGGGACCAUUCAGUAUGUUCUGGACAGACCAUCACCAUCUACUAAAGCUGUAUCAGACCGUCAUCUACUUUUUGUUAUAUUUCGUAACUUUUCCUACCCUUCUGCUUUAGCUCUGACUGGUUUCUUUCAGCUGCAGAGUCCAAAUGUUGUUUUCUACAAGCAAGCUUUCUGUUUCCUCUGAGCUGUGUAUAAAUGUCCUCUGUUGUGUGUGUACAUGUAUAAUGUACUGUGUAUAUCUCAGACCAAACAAACACCAAUUAUUAUUAUGCCACUUCAUAA